AUGAAAUUCGCCAUUAACACCAUUGCUACACUCAGAUAUGGAGGUUCUGGUUGUUCAGCCUCUACCUACAACAAGAUGGCCGUAUUGUCCAAUCUCCACGCUCCAUGGUUCCUAAUGAGCGAACAAGCGAAUGAUGAUACUAAUGCUAAUGGAGGAUACCCUCCUGCAUUUCCAUUUUUGACCGGUCACGGAGAAAAUGACAUGUACUGGCAAGACAUCACCACCCCAAAUAAUCUCCUUCAAUGUCUUCCCAUCAUCGCAUCCGAUGCCUCCGAGCUAAAUCGCUGGCCGGAGAGCAUCAACGAUGGGGAUUUAGGAACGAAUUGGCAGCCCGAAAGUACUAAUGAGUCUUCUAUCUCUACUGACACCAGCUCCGUCCAAGGCGAAAGAGUAAAGAUUAUUAGUGUGGUAUGGGGACAAAGACUUCCUACUAGUGCCAUUGUUGUGGUUUUUAAUUCCACCCAUACAUCUGAAGGACAUAACUUUCCCCUUCCUCUUCCUGAUCUCGAUAUUUCGGGCGUAGGAAAUACAAAAAUCAUCAAAGAUAUUGAUUCACUAUCAGAUAUUACGUCUUUGGAGGACUCUCCGGACGCCAAUGGGGAAGAGGAUGCCGGGGACGAUGUGAGGCUUGAGGAAGGUCUUAAGACGACUUAUAUGCUACCUGAUGAUAAAGUAGUAUAUAUGGGAGAUACAGUUCAACUUCGGAUUUCCGAGUGUUUAGGUAGUAGCUGUGGAGUUUUUGGAGAUGAGUCAGGCGCUACUGUUGAAGAGUGGGAGAUUAUUGGCGAAGCUUAG